AUGUCAGAAUUACCACCAGUCGUUAACAAUGAGGUAUUAAACAAAUAUCAAAUGGUUUUUCCAAAUGGCGAAGAAGCUGUAAUUGAAUAUAAAAUUUAUAAUAAUAACGAAUAUGACCUCUAUCACACAUAUGUACCAGAUAGCCAAAGAGGUAGAAAUGUAGCUGAUGUUCUAAGUACCCAAACAAUUAAUGAUAUUACACACAAUAGGAAUGGAAAAGUUUUACUUUCGUGUUCAUAUUUAUCAAAUAGAUGGUUACCAAAAAAUCCAGAAUACAUCAGAUAUGUCUUAAGAAUGAUAAAGAAAUAA